AGUCUAUGAGCAGAUCCAAAGACAAGACCGCGGUGUGAAAACUUUUAUAAACUUCAUCCUAUCAAAGGAAAUAAGUGACAAAGUGCCACACGUGAUUUGUUUGUGUCAACAAGGAGGUCAUCAUGAUUGGAAAACUAGUACCUAUUCUGUUCCUAUUGGGAUCUGUUCUUGCUGGUGACGCAGAGCCCAGCACCACAGCGAAGACUACCACCGCUAAAGUGACCACAGCUGCACCUACCACCACUACCACCGCUAAACCGACCACCAAAACGAAUGGAACAGAAUCGAUAACUCCUUUCAAGCCGUUCGAAGGUGUCGAUCCUAAUACAUUAUCUUGUGACCCACAGGGACAGAUAUUCCUUCUGCUGCCGCACUUCACUGACUGCACGAAGUUCUUCAUGUGUGCGCAUGGUGAGGAGGUACAGUUUGUGUGUGCCGGUGGACUUUACUUCGAUUUUGAGAGACAGACAUGUAACUGGCCGAGAGAUACGAUUUGCAUACUCCGUGACUUGCCUGAAGACAAUGACGUGGAAGGUUCAGGAGAGGAGGCUUUCGAUUGGCUCUCUGAUAACGCUGACAAGCAUUCAGAUGGUUCUGUAGUCAGUCUGACAGCGGACGCGGUGCUGAACGCCGUCCGACCACUGUCUCUGGAGGCGCCCCACCGCGGUACUGGGAACAACAUUAUCCUCAACUGUUUCAGAGCUGAUUCCGCUUCCAGACAAGUGCCUUACAAAGGUGACUGCCAGCGCUAUUGGCGCUGCCUGAACGGUGUGCCACAGGUGGCAUACUGCACAGACGGCCUUUUCUUCAACGAGAGAACGCAGCAGUGCGACUUUGAGGCUAACAUCACUUGUCAAGUCGAACAGGAAGACGAAUUGAAGAGCGAAUUCAUCAAAGUCAAGUAGACUUGGAUACGAACAUAGAAGACCAAUUGAAAAAUAACAAUAGAUUUUUUGACAGUUUUCUAUU